CGGGCCUAACAGGCCUAACAGGCCUUCUUCUCUUAUAUCAUCUUCAAUUUAGGGUUUAAGAGACGACCACGUCGCAACCGCCAGUGACGUCAUCAUCUUCACCUCCUGAUAAGCAUACCUUCUUCUUCCUCGCAACGACGAAGCAAUCGAAGAUAAGAUAAGAUAAGAGACGAGAAUCAAUCCGAAUCUGACGUCUAGAUUCAAUGGCGUCUAAGAUUAUCUCAUCCUUAAUUCGCCGAUCUCAGCACGGCGCUGUCUCCCGGCGCCUAUCUACCGCCGCCGCGAAGGCGACGGAGUCCUACGCCGACGAAUCAUCGAUCGUGAUGAAAGGAGUGCGAAUCUCAGGCCGACCUCUCUACCUCGACAUGCAAUCAACGACUCCUCUCGAUCCCCGAGUCUUCGACGCGAUGAACGCCUCCUCGAUCCACGACUACGGCAAUCCACACUCCCGCACUCACCUCUACGGCUGGGAAGCCGAGAACGCCGUCGAAACCGCCCGGAUCCAAGUCGCGAACCUCAUCGGCGCGUCUCCUAAAGAGAUCGUGUUCGUCUCGGGCGCCACGGAGGCGAACAACACCGUCGUCAAAGGCGUGAUGCACUUUUACAAGGAUAAAAAGAGGCACGUGAUCACCACGCAGACGGAGCAUAAAUGCGUUCUUGAUUCCUGCAGGCAUUUGCAGCAGGAAGGGUUCGAUGUGACUUAUUUGCCUGUUAAAACUGACGGUUUGAUUGAUUUAGUGAUGCUUAGGGAUGCGAUUAGACCGGAUACCGGUUUAGUUUCGGUUAUGGCUGUGAAUAAUGAGAUUGGCGUUGUGCAGCCUAUGGAGGAGAUUGGUGGGAUUUGUAAGGAGUUUAAGGUUCCGUUUCAUAGUGAUGCAGCUCAAGCUAUAGGGAAGAUAGAGGUGGAUGUUGAGAAGUGGAAUGUUAGUUUUAUGUCGAUGAGUGGGCAUAAGGUCUAUGGACCUAAAGGUGUUGGAGCUAUGUAUGUUAGGAGGAGGCCGAGGGUGAGGUUGGAGCCGUUGAUGAACGGUGGAGGGCAAGAGAGGGGGCUUAGGAGCGGGACGUUGGCGACGCAGCAGGUUGUUGGGUUUGGUGUUGCUUGUGAGUUGGCGAGGAAGGAGAUGGAGUAUGAUGAGAAGUGGGUUAAGAGGUUGCAGGAGAGGUUGUUGAGUGGGGUUAGGGAGAGGCUUGAUGGUGUUGUGGUGAAUGGUUCGAUGGAGAGUAGGUACGCGGGGAAUUUGAAUCUGUCGUUUGCUUAUGUUGAAGGAGAGAGUCUUUUGAUGGGUUUGAAGGAAGUUGCGGUGUCUAGUGGAAGUGCUUGUACGAGUGCGAGUUUGGAGCCGUCUUAUGUGUUGAGAGCUUUGGGGGUUGAUGAGGAUAUGGCUCACACUUCGAUUAGGUUUGGGAUUGGGAGGUUUACUACUGAGGAGGAGAUUGAUAGAGCGGUUGAGCUUACGGUUAAGCAGGUUGAGAAGUUGAGGGAGAUGAGUCCGCUUUAUGAGAUGGUUAAAGAAGGUAUUGAUAUCAAGAACAUACAGUGGUCUCAACACUGAUUCAGAAGUUUUCACUCAAACCUUGCGGUGUAAGAGAAGGGGGUCGUCUGUGCACGGCCGUGUUUGAGCCAUGUGGAGAUGUGUGUAUGUAUGACCGGGUGUUCUGGUCCUGAGUUCUUACUAUGUUCUGUUGGUGAUUUAUAUCUAUAUCUGGUUUGUAGAUGUAGAUUCAAAGUGAGAAUGUGGUGUGAUGGUAUUGUAAUAAGCAGAGCAUAAACAAUAUGAUUUUCUAGGUUUGAUUGUUAUUUCUUUGUAUGAUUUAUUUCUAGGUAAGGGCUGUGAUGAUUGGUUUUCUGUUGUUUAGAUUCUUGGUUGUUUGGUUUUGGUUGGUCUUUUGUAUUGUUUUUUCUAUCUUAGUUGCAUCUUGAUGUAAAACAGGUUUUUUGGAAUGCAAUUUAAAAUUC